AUGGAUCCACUUUUGGCAGAAGUUAACAAGCUGAUCAAUGAUCUGCGUUUUGAGCCAGCAUUGACUUUGACGAGAUCUGAGUUCACAGACGUCUCGCUCGACAACAUCCGUCUUAUGGGCCGGGCAGAUGACUUCAUCAAGGAUGGCAUUUUCAAAGACAUGGUGCCCGAGUUUAUAGACAGAACCAGCAAGACAUAUCAUGGCGAAUGCGACGGCCUACACAGGGCCCUCCAAACUCUCAAGGCGGAUGCUGCAAUGUAUGCACAAGGCAAAUGGCCGAAGCCACUGCGGCACAGAUCGGGUCAGCAGUUCAAGAAAGAGAUGAAAGACGAAUUCGACGCAGCCCAAAAGCAGGCUGACGACAAGAAGGCCAUGGAAGACUUUAAGCGCAAAAUCGAUGCAACAAAACAAUGGGUUGCUUUGAAAGCUAAGGAUCUGGAAACUUUGACUUUUAUUCGCGCGAAGCUCGGCGAGUUCUAUGACAAGAUGCUUGAAAAUCAAAUGCGCAUGAACCAGAACGACAUGCAGAGGAUGAGAGCUCAUGUGGUUUGCAUUCUUUUUGCCAGCUUACCAGAAUACAUGCGCAAGGCGGCGAAGAAGUACACAGAUCGAAGCAAGAACAAGGAGGACUCCGACAAGAAACGUGCCGAUCGCGAACACAAAUUCGAUGAACUUAUUCAGGCGUACCCAAAGGUUGCUUUAGCGGUUUUCUUCCGAGAAAUGGAGGACCAGGUCUACAACAUGAAGUCCGAUUUGCAAAAAAACGGCUUGGCCCACCUGGACUCAAGGAUGACGAAGAUUUUCCAGCAGAGCAAGUCCAAGGUGAAGGGCAACAUGGUCCGCUUCAGCUCACCGUCGGCAAGCGCAGAUGAGAACAAGUUCCAAAGCAUCGCGACAAGACGCAAAGACAUCUUCUACGAGAGGACGAUCCAGCUCGCAGCGGCAAGUUUCAGCCAACCGAGAUUCAAAAUCAAGGCAGUCAAAAAGUUCCGCGAAAUCUAUGAAAAGCCACCGCAGCUUCAGCCGCCACACAUCCCGCAGCAAAAGCAGGCAGUCGCAGCACGGCAGCAGGAACAGCAGCCGCAGCAAUGCAAGCCGCGUGACAUGUACAUGAACCUUCGAAAUCUCCGCCGUUAUCUUCGCAAACAAUAUCUUCGGGAAACCGUCGAUGGUGCCUUCACCGAAGUUUCAGGCAACGAGCUCAUGUGGUCUUUGAUUUCAGCAUAUGACCUUUUGCGAUCCCUUUGUGAUCGUGCUAGUCAGAACCACUUGAUUGAUGUUGGGACGAUGAACUUUAUUCUACAGCCACUCCGCGAUCUGGGAUUCCCCAAUCCAAGCAGAGCUUCAUUACCUGCAGUUUUGACAUGCCUGGGCAAAAUCCGAUAUCUCGUGAAGCUACACAAACCAGGAUGCAAGUUACGUCGAGUCGAGGUUGAUACGCGGUCCCCCUUCAACAAUCUGACGAUCUUCGUUUCCAGCAUUUUGCGAAAGGUGAUUUGCAUUUGCGAGACAACGGUCAUGGACUCGAAACAAGUCUUGUUGGAUUUACUGGACCAUCCAGCUCCACUCGGACAUGAUACUCGUCAGUUGGUCUUUGUAGCUGCCGAUUUGGAAGAUUUCUACCCACGCAUAAACUUGGAUUCAUUGCAGGUUUCGCUCUGUUCUGGAUUGGAUAACUACUACGGCGUGAAUCAGGCUGCCAAGGACUUUGUUGCGAAGCUAGUCCUCAUCAUCCUACACAACAAAGCGGUUUUCAUCAAUGGCAAGGUCUACAAGAAAGCACGGUCUUUAAGUAUUGGUGAGCGCAUAGCUACCGAUGCUGCAAACAUACACCGAGAACAUCAUGUCAGACCUCUCGUGAGUCAGGCUUUUGAAACUGGACUACUAUCCAAGUAUAUGGUUAUGUCGACGACACCGCCAGUAUUUUCCUUGGAAAUCAGGCUACUGUUCAGUCUUUCUUGUCAGCUCUUCAGCGCGUUGACACCAAGCAGUUCAAAUGGACUUUCAAAGUGUCAUUUUCUCGACUCGAUUUCUUGGAUCUUUCCAUCAGGUAUGACGGAGAGCAGUUGA